GAAAGAAAGAGAGAAAGCAAGCUUUAAAUAAUAAAAAGAGAGCUUUUUGAAAAACAGAGGCACAGAAAGGGAGGAUGGGAGAUGUUGUCUUGUUUGUGGAGGAGUUGCAAUCAAAUAAUGCAAUAUCGCACUGUAGAAUUUGCCACGAAGAAGAAUUUGAAAGCUGUAAAAGCCUGGAAGCGCCUUGUGCUUGCUCUGGCACUGUCAAGUUUGCACACAGAGACUGCAUACAGAGAUGGUGUAACGAGAAGGGAAACACAACUUGCGAAAUUUGUCUCCAGGAAUAUCGAGGUGGAUAUACGGCACCUUCAAAAAAGUCUCAGCUGAUAGAGGCAGCAGUGACCAUUAGAGAUAGCCUGCAAAUUGCAAGAAUAGAGGAUGAGGAAGAGAGCGAAAGAUUAGUGGCUAUAAGAGAAGGAAUAAGUUUAACAGCAGAAUCUGAUGACGCUGAAUGCAAUUCUGCAGUGGAUAGAAGCGCUGCUUGCUGCCGCUCGUUGGCUCUAACAUUUACACUUAUUUUGCUCGUCGAAGACUCCUUUGCUGUGCUCACUGGGAAAACCCAAGAUUACCCAUUUUCGCUUCUCACUAUGCUUAUUCUAAGAGCUAGCGGAAUUAUAUUCCCCAUGUACAUACUGAUUAGGACAAUCACAGCAAUUCAAAAUAGCAUUCGUGGGCAAUACCAUGGUUCAGAUGAUGAAUUCUCAAACCCUGAUGAUGAUGAUGAUGAUGAUGAAGAAGAAGAAGAUGAAGAGGAACAGACACAUCAACACCAACAUCAGCAUCGUAUGGUUUAACCACACUACUAGGAAGUUUCGUUUGUAUUAUCAAGGCAUCGUACUGAUGCUCCACCUUUCCAAAUUCCCACGUUCUAUGGGUACAUUUGAAUACCAAAAGCAAAAUUAAUACACAAAUUAUUUUGUUUUAAAAA